GUCACGCGACACAGAAGCCUGAAUAUGUCAGAUGGAGGAUUUAGUUGGGCAUCUCGCUCCUAGUGGGUUCCGCCGGAAAGGCGCCGGGCAGGAAGGAAUCCAAGGUUGGGGGCAGCGGCAGGCGAUGGCUUCUGCAGGACUCACAGGCAGUUUCCCAGCUGGUGGGAAUCCUUGGCCUUUCAGCCGGAGGACUGGGCGACAGCGGACCUUUCUGGAACAGGUGCUGCUGAGUCCCAAAGGCACUCAGGACUCCACUACAGCUGGAUCUGAAGUGAGUGGGAAGUCUCAGGAGAGGUCCCUGCUGUUGGCCGUUGGUGUCGUCGGCGUCACUAUGAUUCUCAUGAUCCUGAAGCAAAUAAACUUAAAGAAGAAAGGUCGCAUCACUUUACAGGACCCUGAAGCCGAGUACCCUCUGCCCUUGAUUGAAAAGGAGCAAAUCAACCACAACACCAGAAGGUUCCGCUUUGGACUGCUCUCGCCGGACCAUGUCUUAGGGCUCCCUGUAGGUAACUAUGUCCAUUUCUUGGCUCAAAUGAAUGAUCAAUUGGUAACCAGGGCUUACACUCCUGUUUCUAGUGAUGAUGAUCAAGGCUUUGUGGACUUCAUUAUAAAGAUAUACUUCAAAAACGUGCACCCCAGGUAUCCUGAAGGGGGAAAGAUGACUCAGUACUUAGAGAACAUGAAAAUUGGGGACACCAUCCUUUUUCGAGGGCCCACAGGGCGCCUGUUCUACCAUGAUCCAGGUUCCCUUAUAAUCAAAGUAGAUGAAAUGAGUGAGCCUGAAAACAGACUGUUUCAUCACCUGGGGAUGAUUGCUGGGGGAACAGGCAUUACUCCCAUGCUGCAGCUUAUUCGCCACAUCACAAAGAACACCAGUGAUGGGACCAGAAUGUCCCUUCUCUUUGCCAACCAGACAGAAGAGGAUAUCUUGUUGAGAAAGGAGCUGGAAGAAAUCGCUACAACUCACCUUGACCAGUUCAAUGUGUGGUAUACCCUGGACAGGCCUCCUAUUGGUUUACUCCAAAAGAGAUUAAGCCUUAGAGCUUUUGGUCUGUAUAGAGCAUGCAAGAAUCUGAUGGGAGGAGAUUGUGUGCAGCAGGUUGUAAAGGGACUCAAGGGUAGGUGCUAAUUCUACACUCCCCAUGUUGUACUGAGUAUAGACCCUGAGCCACUUGAACACCUGCCCUCCACAGUCAGCACAUUUCACCUAAUAUGACCACUGGCCCCUUACCCUCUUGUACUGCCCAUGGCUACUCUGCCAUUCAUCACCAAACUCUUCUGGACAGCAGUCUUCAUAUGCUGAGCCUCAGCCAGCACCCAGGAACAACCACACACCUUGUAUCAUGCAGGGCACAUCACCUGCUUCCUUGAUCUAUAUCUGUCUUGGCAUUAUUUCAAGCUGCCAGCAGAUGGUGCUGCCCAACUCAACAAACACCCCACCAUACCAAUAUGACCUCCUCACCCACCCCUACCUAACAGCCCCACUCAACUCAGGGCUUAGAGCAAAGAGACAUCAUCCUGAGUCUGAGUCCAAGGCUUGAGCCUGGAAUCUGGAGGGAAUGCUGCAGAUGGCUGGAAUGUCCUAUCUAUGGGAACCAGCAGUGCAGACUUCUCAGCUUCUGUAGGUCACCCUGGUCUCCAGCAUCAGGGGCAAA